AUGCGUACUCUAUCUCAAAAUGGCGCCCCCUUACCAUCCACUUACAGGGCCAACGUGGACGUGCUGAACCGCGCCAUCCAAGAAAUUGGAAUGGGCCGGUAUCAGUGGCAGCUAUUCGUGGUGAUUGGAUUUGGAUGGGCAAGCGACAACCUAUGGCCGAUUAUUACGUCUCUCAUCCUCGUCCCUGUGACUUACGAAUUUAAUGUUUCACAGCCACCGAUACUCACCCUUGCUCAAAAUAUUGGGCUGCUCGUCGGCGCGUUGUUCUGGGGGUUUACCUGCGAUUUCUUCGGGCGAAAAUGGGCUUUCAACCUCACAAUUGGCAUCACGGCCGUAUUCGGCCUCGCUGCGGCGACGUCAUCUAGUUUUGCUGCAGUCGGCGUUUUCGCAGCUUUGUGGUCGAUCGGCGUUGGUGGAAACCUCCCAGUUGAUUCAGCUAUUUUCCUGGAGUUUCUUCCUGGAUCGCAUCAGUACUUGCUAACGGUUCUAUCCAUUAACUGGGCUUUUGCUCAGCUGGUAGCAAAUUUAGUAGCAUGGCCGCUCUUAGGCUAUUUAACAUGCUCGUCGGCCGAAACAUGUACGAAAGCCAACAAUAUGGGCUGGCGAUAUUUCCUUCUUAUCAUGGGCGGGCUUGCAUUUGCUAUGUGCUUUAUCCGCUGCCUCUGCUUCACCAUCUAUGAAUCUCCUAAGUAUCUCAUGGGCAAGGGUCGCAACAACGAGGCUGUCUCCGUUGUGCAUAAAGUCGCCCGCUACAACGGCCAAGUAUCAGACCUAUCCCAAGAUCAAUUGGAAGACUUGAUAAGCCACGAUGAAGGCCACCCACGCCCAACACACCACGGCCUCAGCUUCUCGGACCAACUGCGCAUGCAUCUUGAACCCCUCACCCUCCAACAUGUCAAAGCCCUUUUCAGCACCCCACGUCGCGCUCGGUCCGUCAGCCUUAUGCUUAUCAUCUGGGGACUUGUUGGCCUUGGCUUUCCCCUCUAUAAUGCCUUCCUCCCGUACCUGCAACAAACCCGUGGCAUUGAAUUCGGCGAUGGAUCCACAUACAUCACCUACCGCAACUCCCUGAUCAUCGCAGCCGUGGGCAUCCCCGGCAGUCUCGUCGGCGGCGCAAUGAUUGAACUUCCCCGUCUAGGAAGAAAGGGUACCCUCUCCCUGGCCUCUGCAGCCACGGGGAUCUUCCUACUUGCUUCAACUUCCGCUACUAGCUCAAAAAUCCUACUGGGUUGGAACUGCGCCUAUAGCUUUACCAGUAGUCUUCUCUAUGCCGUUCUCUACGCAUACACACCGGAAAUAUUUGAAACUAAAGACCGCGGAACAGGAAACGCAUUAGUCAGUGCAGCAAAUAGGGUUGGAGGAAUCCUAGCCCCCAUUCUUGCGUUGUUUGCGAAUGUGGAGAUGACAGGUCCGGUUUAUCUGAGUGGGGUUUUAUUUUUGGCAGCGGGGGGGUUAACUUUGUUAAUCCCUUAUGAAACGAGAGGGAGAACGAGUUUGUAG